GUGCGUGUGUGUGUGGGGUGUGUGUGUGCGCGCGCGCGGGGCGGGGGGGGGCGGGUGUGCGCGUGCGGCGCUCUCGCGCCCGCUGCUCCCGCGCCUCACGCGGGCCCGGGGUGGGGUGGCCGCCGCCACCGGGCCCGGGACGCACACACACCCCCCCCGUCCCCGAUGCGGUGUGUGGCGGCGGCCGGGGGAGGCGCGGAGAGGCCAGGGCGGGUUCUGCCGUACGGGGCGCCGGGCCGCCCCCUUCCGUCCCUCCCUCCCUCCCGGGCCCGCCCUCAGGGAGGGCAGGGGGAGCCGCCCCCGGGCCCGCGGCGGGGCCCCCGUGCGUGGCAAGCAGGGCGAACGCCCAGCGCCGGCCGGCGGAGACCUGGCCGCUGCCCGCCGCGACCCCGCGACAAAAGGCCGGUGGGGGCUGGGGGUCUGCCCGACCGCUGGGCGGCGGGCGGGAGGCCCCGGGGUGGUCAGGCUUUCCCCGUGCCGGCGGGGCUUCCCCCCGGCGGCUCCCGCCGCUCCUUCGGGCUCCGGCUGUGGUUCCGCGCCCUGGCCCAGGUUCGGGUCUGUGAGUCUGUCUGACGCCCGUCCAGGCUCCAAAAAGGGGAAACCGACUGUUCUGCUGCUUUUUACCGCCGGCGGUUGGGAUUACAGAGAGCCCUGGAUAUUUGCAGCCUUUGGCUUCGGCUGCUAGGGAGGAAAAAACGUGGAAAGCGACCGGUGGCAGCUGCUUCUUGUGAAAGGGGAGAAAUACCAGACACUGCUCUGGGAUUAUCUGGGUGCUUCGUCCUGAAAAGGCUUCUGAAACAGUGGGCAUCCGGGAAGCGAGUUGGAAGUUGGCAGUUGUGAGCUUUUUCGUUCUAGCAGUGCCGAGCACCUCACCCUUGGACGUUUUUGUCAGCAUGGCAUGGAUACAUGGCUAAAUUUAUCAAGUUCUGAAUACUUCAUCUGCAAAAAUAAAGUGCUUUCUUCCUUCUAAAUACUUUUUUCUUCUAGGCAGCGUUCUGUCUGAGUCAUAGGCAUAACCAGUUUUGUUAACUGGCUCCAGGUUAAAUGCAGCCUGACUCACUGUGUAGACAUCGCUGAAAAGUUUCAUGGCAGAUAUUUUUCCCUUUGUCUUAUUUUUUAGAUUUUCUGACAUAACCUUCUGUCACUUUGCAAUGAGACCUAUUUUGUAAAUGAAGAAUCUAAUAGAUGUUUGUUUAUCAUUUUUUCUUUUAUAUUUUAUUUAAUAUUUUUGUAGAAAAAUGUUGAGGCCAAUAAGCAAUAUGGAGGUAUCCAGAUAGCUGUUGUUUACAAAUGCCUCUGUUACCUGAAUCUAGGAAAUGUUCCACAGUUCAGAUGUGAAAUCUGGAUUUUCAGCUUCACAGUUGUUGGUGUAAAAAGUGUAUUUAUUUCACCUGGAGCUGAUGUUUCAUAUAGUGAUAUGUACAUGGAAUAGACAAGAGAAGCCAUCAGAGAAAUAAAGCACUUCUUAAGCCAGAGAGUCGGCAAAUUUUUGAGAUAGCCCUGUGGAAUCUGUAAGCAAGAAAGAUGGGUAGCUGAUUUUUGUGAGGUCAAAUCUAUGUCAAACAGCUACGAAUGUAGUAUCAACAAGAACUCGGGAUAUUAUCUCAAGGAAAACAAACUGGAAAAAUAUAAAUCACGCAGUACUAACACCUUGUGUGGUCCGCUUGGAUUUGGUUUGCAUUCAGCUGAAUUGCUACUGCCUCAAAGAAAAUUAAGAUGGACUGAACAACUUAACUCAAAAGGACUUGCCAUGAGGUGCUGAAGCCUUGUUUCAUUGAUUCGGAGAGACUGGACCUAAAUGGCGCAGCAUGACUUUGCUCCAGCCUGGCUUAAUUUUCCUACUCCACCAUCAUCAACAAAGAUAUCUGAGGCCUACUGCUGUGCUCCUUUACAGUCAUCACUGAAUUUUGAGAAACAUUCUGAAAAUUUUUCGUGGACAGAGAAUCGUUAUGAAUCAAAUCGCAGAAGACAUAAUUCUUCAGAUGGGUUUGAUCCUAACAUUGGACGGCCUAAUGGAGGGCAUUUUGGGAGAAAAGAGAAGAAUGGUUGGCGUUCACAAGGCAGAAAUGGUACAGAAAAUAUAAACCAUCGUGGGGGAUACCAUGGUGGAGGUUCCCGUGUCCGUACCAGCACUUUCCACAGUGGAAAAGGCCAAGGACUGCAUGAAAGCAAUGUACCUGAUAAUGAAGCUGGGAAAAAGGAAGACAAAGAAGUACCCAAACAGUUUGAGGCUGAGGAUUUUCCAUCUUUGAACCCUGAAUAUGAGAGGGAAGUAAACCAGAAUAAAUCUUUAGCUGCAGGUGUGUGGGGAGGCAACGCUACUAUUGGAAUAUCCAUCUGUUGGUCUGUAGAUGCAGCCACAACUAGGAUUCUUUCCCAGAAAAAGUAUAGUCUUUUUUGUAAAGAUAUCAAGGAUCUAUCUUCACCUUUAUUUUCAAGAGAGUACCCUUUGAAUCCUAAAUCUAGAUCUCCGAGGAUGUUGGUCAUUAAAAAGGGCAGUACAAAAGAACUGCAGAUAUCUGGAUUCCCAGUAGUAGGAAGUCUUCAUUCACAGCCAGUAAGGAAUGGAACUGGCACAAGCGUUUAUAAAGGAUUAGUCCCUAAACCUGUCACUCCACCUGCAAAGCCUACACAGUGGAAAAGCCAAGCAAAAGAAAAUAAACUUGGGAAUCCAUUUUCUCAUGAAUCUGCAUAUGGUGUUGGCAAUUUCAGUCCUUUUAAAUCAACUGCCAAGGCGUUUACUGUAUCACAAAAUUCAGUGAAAGAGUGUAACAGGUCAAAUUCUUCGUCCCCUGUUGACAAAGUUGGUCAGCCUCGUUUAACAAAAUUGACAAGAAUGCGGACUGAUAAGAAGAGUGAAUUUUUGAAAGCAUUAAAACAAGAUAGAGUGGAAGAGGAACAUGAAGAUAAGAAUCAUGCUGGGCAAGAGAAGGGUAAUGAGUCCUUUAGCUUGCAUAACAGCAACAGUCCUCAUCAUGAGAGAGAUAUAAACCGAAACUUUGAAAACAAAAUUCCGCAGGAGAAUGGCAAUGCUUCAGUUACAUCUCAACAGAUCAUUCGAUCUUCAGCUUUCCCUCAGGCAGAUGUUCUUUCAAGCUCACUUGAGGCAGAGCAUAGGUUGUUAAAGGAGAUGGGCUGGCAGGAAGACAGUGAAAAUGAUGAAACAUGCGCUCCACUAACAGAGGAUGAGAUGAGGGAGUUCCGAGUAAUUAGUGAACAGUUGCAUCAGGUAGGCAGAUUGGGAUACCCAUUCUUCACCACUGCUUCUCCUCUUCUGGGCCACUCCCUUAUUGCAGACCCUGUCCUUCUUAGCACAGAUGUUUGCAGCACAGUGGAAAAGGGGACUUCAUUACAGGAGAGACCAUGUGGGAGGAGGGAUCACUGGGGCAAGACAUCUGAGGAAGUGCGCAAGAAGAGGUUACAAAAAAAUGGCCUUCGGAAAAAUGGUAUUUUGAAAAAUGGCCUCAUCUGUAAUUUUAAAUUUAGCCCCUGGAAAAACAGCACUUUUAAGUCUGCUCUGGAGAAUGACGAUUCUGAGACGAGUAGCAGUGAUACAUCAGAUGAUGAUGAUGUGUGAAGACUUCUGUAACACCUGUAGAAGCUUGUUUUGAUCUGAUGAAAAUUUGAGGAUGUGUUGUUCAAAAAAAAUUUCUAAUUUAUGUAGUAACAUACCCACUAGAGUAAGAAUGAUGGGACUUUCCUCUGAAGAAAGCAAGGAAUGUUGUGUUGGGUGUGUUGAACAUUACUGUAAUUUCUUUGUUAACGAAUGUUGUAGAAUGAGGACUUCUGUUGACCCAGCAUUGACUUUCUUCGUCAGUGAAGCAUUUCUGACUAGCAAUGUGACAAUGUAACAAACCAGACUUUCUCAUUUAAUAAUAAAAACAAAGAAUUGUGUAA